CCGAUGGGCAGUUGGGGUGUCUCCGCACGCCUCGGAAACAGCAGCCCAAACCUCACAACGCAGAACCACGAGAUAGCGGGGAUUGCAAAGCCCUGCGCAAAAGAAGGAAAAUUAAGACGCAGCGGAGCCCAGGAGGUGUCCGCAAGCGGGAAGGACUGGCCUGCAGAAGAGGCAGGGAGAAGUUUGCACUCAGCGUGGCGCGGGUGAGCGGCGUGCUCUCGGGCACCCGGCUGCCAGUUCGGAUGCUCCCGAUCCUCGGGGAGCGGGGGCGCUGCGCCGGAGUCACUUCAGCCCACGUUGUUCAGGUGACACCGGGGAAGAGCAGACUCCAGCUAUACCUGCUGGAAUGGAUAAAGUGAGCUUUAAAAGCUGGUCAGACUGAAAAGAUUGAAGUGAGAGAACCACAGGAACAAAGGCAAGCAGACAGACAGUGAAAGAAGCGGAAACCGAAGCAGAAAGAGGUUACUUAAUGGGCUCAAGGUCACCUACCUGACCUACCAGCAGCUCAAUGGCCUUCCCAAAGAAGAAACUUCAGGGUCUUGUGGCUGCAACCAUCACGCCAAUGACUGAGAAUGGAGAAAUCAACUUUUCAGUGAUUGGUCAGUAUGUGGAUUAUCUUGUGAAAGAACAGGGAGUGAAGAACAUUUUUGUGAAUGGUACAACGGGAGAAGGCCUGUCCCUGAGCAUCUCAGAGCGUCGCCAGGUCGCAGAGGAGUGGGUGACAAAAGGGAAGGACAAGCUGGAUCAGGUGGUAAUUCACGUAGGAGCACUGAGCUUGAAGGAGUCACAGGAACUGGCCCAACAUGCAGCAGAAAUAGGAGCUGAUGGCAUCGCUGUCAUUGCACCAUUCUUCCUCAAGCCAUGGACCAAAGAUAUCCUGAUUAAUUUCCUAAAGGAAGUGGCUGCUGCUGCCCCUGCCCUGCCAUUUUAUUACUAUCACAUUCCUGCCUUGACAGGGGUAAAGAUUCGUGCUGAGGAGUUGUUGGACGGGAUUCAGGAUAAGAUCCCCACCUUCCAAGGGCUGAAAUUCAGUGAUACAGAUCUCUUAGACUUCGGGCAAUGUGUUGACCAGAAUCGCCAGCAACAGUUUGCUUUCCUUUUUGGGGUGGAUGAGCAACUGCUGAGUGCUCUGGUGAUGGGAGCAACUGGAGCAGUGGGCAGUACCUAUAACUACCUGGGAAAAAAGACAAACCAGAUGUUGGAGGCUUUUGAACGAAAGGACCUCUCUUUAGCCCUGAACUAUCAGUUUUGUAUCCAGAGAUUUAUCAACUUUGUGGUCAAACUAGGUUUUGGAGUGUCACAGACCAAAGCCAUCAUGACUCUGGUCUCUGGGAUUCCAAUGGGCCCACCCCGGCUUCCACUGCAGAAAGCCUCCAGGGAGUUUACUGAUAGUGCUGAAGCUAAACUGAAGAGCCUGGAUUUCCUUUCUUUCACUGAUUUAAAGGAUGGAAGCUUGGAAGCUAGUAGCUAGUGCCUCUCUAUCAAAUCAGGUUUUGUACCUUGAGACAUAAUCUACCUUAAAUAGUGCAUUCUUUUCUCAGGGAAUUUUAGAUGAACUUGAAUAAACUCUCCUAGCAAAUGAACUCUCACAUCAAUUGACAAGCAUUGAGGUACCUAUUGUGAGCCUUAAAAAGUCUUAUUUUGUGAAGGGGCAAAAACUCUAGGAGUCACAACUCUAAGUCAUUCAUUUCACAGAUUUUUUUGUGGAGAAAUUUCUGUUUAUACGGAUAAAAUGGAAUCAAGAGGAAAAUUGUAAUUGAUUAAUUCCAUCUGUCUUUAGGAGCUCUCAUCUCAAUUUCUGGUUCCUAAUCCUAUUUUAAAGUUGUCUAAUUUUAAACCACUAUAAUAUGUCUUCAUUUUAAUAAAUAUUCAUUUGGAAUCUAGGAAAACUCUGAGCUACUGCAUUUAGACAGGCACUUUAAUACCAAACUAUAACAUGUCUCAACUAUAUACGACUCGAAAUACACCAGCUCAUCUGGUUGCUCAGUCUAACUCUAGAAUGGAUGCUUUUGAAUUCAUUUCGAUGUCACCACUUUCCUCUCUUCAGAAACGUUGGGUCAGGUGAGGACUUGUUUCAGUUCCUAUAACUAAGUAAAGGGCAGCUUUCUCAUAACAAAGGAAAAGGUCUUCCCCAAAGAUGAAUUUAAGUCUCCACUUUUUGCUAUACAGAAAACUGAAAGUUUCAAAGAACCAAAGGGCUCUUCCUCUAGGCACCACAAUCUUCCCCUUUCUCCACUGCGAAGACUGUCUCUCCCACAGGACUCUAAAUUAUUGAAAUCAAAGGCUGACUUCCUUUCUGCAGUGAGCCUAGAGGCUACUGUUACUAUCCUGUCACAUUUGCAACCAGUUACUUUUCUUUAGUGAUAGAAGAUUUGGGGAGGACCCAAAGGACUCACAGCUUUCUCUCCAUACCUCCUUUUACUCUUUUCUUUCUGUGUAACAUAUCAACAACUGUUUAAUCUCCCUUCUAACAAACCUUGAUGUAAGCUUUCUGAUAUCAAAGUAUAUUGACAGUUAACUCUUACUGAUUUUAAACUUGACUAUCCAGUCUGUUAAUUACCUAAGAUUUUGUUUUCAUUUCAUCUCUAAUUGUUUUGGUCAUUGGCAGAGAAAGAGUAUUUGAAAUUCAUAUCAGUUUAGCUCCUUAUUUUAAUCUCUUUGAAUUAAAAAUAACACUUUUUCAAAAUGCAAAUUUGAAAUUAUAAGUAGACUUCAAUUAUCUUUGCUAAUCCUCUCUUUAAUUAGCUAGUUAAAAGUUGUUAUAUUUAUAUAUCCUCAACCCUCUUUUUGCCUUUUUAGCUGUUAAUUUCCUGAAAGAAGAAAAUGAGUUUUUUGUUAGUUUUUGGUUCUGAGGAUGUGAUAUCCUUACUUAAUGAUACUAAAGCCAAAUUUAAAUUUUAAAAUUAAUUCUUGGGUAUCCAAUAAACAAAGAACUAUUUUUCUA